GGGGCAUGGCAGCUUCGGGGAGCCACAGUAUUCUCAAAACUAGAUAUGCGGUCCGGAUAAUGGCAGAUAAGAAUGGCGGACGAUUCCGUUCACAAAACUGCUUUCCAAACUCGGUACGGAUCGUACGAGUAUCUGGUAAUGCCGUUCGGACUCACCAAUGCACUUGCAACAUUCCGAGCAGAGAUGAAUCAUAUUCUAUGCCCACUCUUGGACGAAUUCGUGGUGGUGUACCUGGACGACAUCCUCGUCUACUCGCGGGACAUGCAACAACACGUCGAACACCUAUGACGCGUCUUCGAAAUUCUUCGACGAGAACGCCUCUACGUCAAACUAUCCAAGAGCGACUUCGCCCUCGAGAAUGUCCAAUUCCUCGGACAUAUCGUAAGCACUCAAGGAGUUCACGUUGUGCCACGCACUGAGGAGACGGCACAACUCUUUG